AUGGGGGAGGAGGGGGCGAGGGGCGUUGUGCACCUGCUGUGCCUCGCGGCCUCCAGCGGGGUCCCCCUGUUCUGCAGAAGCAGCCGCGGCGGCGUCCCCACCCGCCAGCAGCUCCCCUUCUCGGUCAUCGGCUCCCUCAAUGGAGUCCACAUGUUUGGGCAGAAUCUGGAGGUGCAGCUGAGCUCUGCGAGGACCGAGGACACGACCGUGGUGUGGAAAAACUUCCAUGACAGCAUCACCCUCAUUGUUGUGUCAUCUGAGGAGAGCAACUUGGAACUGAGGUUGGAGAGACUACUCCAGAUGGUGUUUGGGGCAAUGGUUCUUCUUGUGGGACUUGAAGAACUGACGAAUAUCCGCAACGUAGAGAGACUCAAGAAGGAGUUGAGGGCCAGUUACCACCUCAUCGACAGCUUCCUGGGGGACUCUGAGCUCAUUGGGGACCUGACGCAGUGUGUGGACUGUGUGGUUUCUCCGGAGGGGUCCCUCCUGCAGGAAACCCUCUCUGGGUUCGCCGAGGCCACCAGCACGGCCUUCGUCAGCCUGGUGGCGUCGGGCCGAGUGGUGGCGGCCACAGAAGGCUGGUGGCGGCUGGGGAUGCCCGAGGCCGUGCUGCUGCCCUGGUUGGUGGGGUCUUUGCCGCCGCAGACAGCUCGCGACUACCCAGUGUACCUGCCGCACGGGAGCCCCACGGUCCCGCACAGGCUCCUGACCCUGAUGCUGCUGCCGGGCCUGGAGUUGUGUCUGCUGUGCGGGCCGCGACCACCCCUCAGCCAGCUGGAUGCACAGGUCCUGGAGCGUUGGUGGCAGCCACUGAUGGAGCCGCUGAGAGCCUGCCUGGCGCUGGGACCCCGCGCGCUGCCCACAGGCCUUCCCCUGCACGCGGACAUCCUGGGGCUGCUGCUCCUCCACCUGGAACUGAGACGCUGCCUAUUCACGGUGGAACCCUCAGGGGACAAAGAGCCUGCCCCACAGCACCGGCGACGCCUCCUCCGCUCCUUCUACACGCUGGUCACCUCCACGCACUUCCCACCAGAGCCCGGGGCCCCAGAGGAGAAGGUGGAAGACGCAAUCCAGCAGGCCCAGCUGCCGCGAGCCUGCUACCUGGUGUCGGGGCCUGAGGAGCCAGGUGCAGGGUGGCGGCUGGUGGCCUUGCAUUCGGGGCCGCGGCGCCUGCUGUUACUGGUGUCCCCUCAGAGUCCCACCCAUGGGCUGUGGAGCCUGGCCACCCACACCCUGCACGCCCUCACCCCGCUCCUCUGA